AUGCGCGCCCCCCGCCCAAACGACACGGCGCGCCGAAAAGUCGUAGCGUGGAGCCGCAUCCGCUCGGCGUGGCAGACGGACGCGACAGGGCUUGCGAGCCACGGCAUUGUGCUGCCCCCGGCCGCCGGGAAGAAUCUGCUCGAGAUUCUCGCCUUGAUCGCCCACAACCACUCUCUCGCCGACUUUCAGCGCGUCAUCACCCGGCUGCUGACUGUGCCGCGCAACCCAGGCCAGCCGAACCCGAAUCCGAACGCGCCAAGAGUUCGCGCCGUGCAGCGCGUCGACCUGGAGGCCGCGAGGGAGGCACUCGACAGGGCUGCAGGGGAAGACGAGGAGGAGGAGGAAGAAGAGGAAGAGGAAGAAGAGGAAGAGGAAGAAGAGGAAGUCGUCAGCAUCCCUUCUCCCGAACGUCCCCGCGGCGCCGCCAACAACCUCCCCGACCUCUUCAGCGACCCGCAUGACACCAGCCUCAACCUGCCAGACACCAGCCUCGUCAGCCACUUCACAUUCCCGCGCCUACCAUCAACACCGCCUCACACACCAGUGCAGCCCCCCUCCCGCGAAUCGUCCAUGCCCACCACACGCCAAUCAAACUCCAGAUCGCAACUCACAGCCACACCCACACACCCACGCCCCGCCUCAACAUCCCAGCCAAUGGCCAAGCGCCAGCGCCGCGGCAGCCCCUCCGCGCCCACGACGCACCCCAUGCACAACCCCAGCCCCGACUUCUUCACCGGCGUGCUCGACAUGCUGGGCGAGACCGACCGCGACGUGGCAGCCUCAUACACCACGGUGCUGAAGGAGAUCAACUUCAUCCUCGGGCGCGCACGGGAGAACACGGAUGCCGCAGUCGCCGCAGCGACACAAGUCAAAGCGCAGGCACAGGCGCUGCAGGACGCGACUGCCGCGGCGGAGUUGCCAGAUCUACAUGUCGCCAAGACGGCGUACUCGGACGUGGCGUACAAAGAGCGUGUGGAGCUGCUCAAACAGCAGAUGGCGGAUCUGGAGGAGAAGAGGGGAGAGCUGGAGACGCAGGAGGCCGAGCUGGAGGAGAGGCGGAUCGAGGAGGAGGACGCGCGGGCGCGGAUGAGGGCAGGGGAGCAUGUGUGGGAAUGCUUUGCCCGGUUUGUGGGUGAGAAACGUGAGAAUGGGAGGGGGAAGGAGUGAGUGGGCGUGUAGAGAGGAUGUAUCCAUGGAUAUCGGGGCGUCGAGCAUUAUACCCGGGUUCGCUUCAGGUUUCCCACGUUCAAGGAAGGACGUGGGAUUGAAAAGGUGUUUUUGCCGAUUAUCAAGAUGGGGUAGACAGGCUGUGCAAGAGCAUAGUGAGAUUUACCCAGGCCUUUACGAGCGCGACUUAUCCUAACGCAUGGCUUCAAUUUACUAGUUUUAUUCGUGUCCUCUCUUUGUCCACCACUCGCGCGAUUUCGUCAAAUGACCCCCAUUCCUGCUUCAACUCCCCAGCGCCUUGCCCCACACACUCGUCCCUUUGCCUUUUCCACCGAGAUCCUCCCAACGGCAAUCCAUGUCAUCUUCGAAAAGCACCCACGAGGGCAUUAUUCCAACGAUGCCAUGAC